CGAUCACAAUUCACAAGUGCACAGCUCAAGGCAAACAACAGAUAUUAGACGAGCAGCAAGGAAUCGUUGGUGCCUGUCUUCCCACCUGAUCGAAGCAUCCGUCAGAGGAUCCAUGGCCAUGGAGAGGUUCUUCACUGCGCUCGUCUUCUGCGAGGCGCCGCUGGACAGCUACGGCACAUCGGUUCUCACCGCGGGCGCGGUCAACAGGCUGGUCUCAGGCGGCAGCGGCGCAACGAAGCCGGCGGCCACGGCUAACAAGGCAGAGGCUGAGAAGGAGCAGGGUUUCUUCUCCGCCAAGCCUGCGCUGCAGCGCCGUGCUGGGUUUGAGCUCGCGUUCGACGGCCUCAAUUGCUUCGACACCGUCGUCAUGCACUGAGCGUCCCGUCGGUUUCUUGAUUUUAAUCUGUAUAGAACUCUGAUCAACUUGAAUGUUUUGACACGUCCGUGGACUUGUGAUGAUGUGUUCACUCAACUGUAGUAGUGCAUAUGAAAUGAGUUUAAAGGAGAUAUGGAUAUAAUCAGCUUAUUAUGGCUAA